CCCGUAUCUCAUACUCGCUUUCUUUAGUGCCUUUUCCCCCUCUGCACGCUAGUGAUCUGCCCCCCCUCCCAUCGGAUCGCGGCAAACAACGGCUUGUCUCCGGGUUGCGGCCACCUUGGACAGUGUUCCGACAAGAGUGUUGCAGGCGCGUGUGCUAUCAAUUGUGGACUAACGGCAAUCUGGGGGCGGAAAACGCCGUAGGGGUCCCUUUUGUAUCUUUGCAUGGAUGGAAAGCGUGGAUAUAUGUUUGUUGUAGAGCCCGCCCGCGCGGAAACGGGGGGGAAACACCUCAUACGAUGGGCACGAGAUCAUUCUUCCGUUGUGGUUAGACGAUCGACGAUUGAGUCUUUGCAAACCAGAGACAACUCGCAAUAGUCGAAAGAAACACACACACACACAAGACAGACGCACAAUGGCAGACGUCAAGGCGCCCACAGACAUCUCGUCGAGCCCGAGGCGGAGCGUUGACGCCGCCCCGGAGAAGAGCCUCGACGCCGAUGAGCUCCGUCUGGCCCAGAUGGGCCACACGCAGGAGCUCAAGCGGCACUUCAGCACGCUCAGCCUCAUCGGCCUCGCGUCGACGACGACCAUCUCCUGGACCGGUCUCGGCCUCGGUCUCAUCACGGAGAUCAACGCCGGCGGGCCGGGUGCCGUCAUCUACGGCUUCAUCCUCGUCACGCUGCUUCAGUGCUUCCUCGGCGCCUCGUUAGCCGAGUUCGUGUCGUCGUACCCGACCGAGGGCGGCAUGUACCACUGGAUCGCCGCCGUGGCGCCCAGGCGCAUGACGGGCGUGCUGAGCUUCUUCACCGGCUGGUUCAGCGUACUCGGCUGGAUCUUCACGACCGCCUCGACGAACCUCAUCUACGCCCAGGUCCUGAUGGCCCUCAUCGCCGUCUACCAUGGCGACCUCGAGAUCCAGGCGUGGCAGACCUUUAUCGUCUACCAGGGUCUGAACCUUAUCACGGCUGGUAUUGUCAUGUUCGGCAACAAGAUCAUCCCCGGCCUUAACAAGUUCUCGCUCUUCUACCUGCAGAUCGGCUGGCUCGCCGUCAUGGUCACCGUCGCCGCCUGCGCGCCCACCCACCGCGACCCGGAGUUCGUCUUCCGCACCUGGAUCAACAACACGGGUUGGGAGAACCAGGUCGUCUGCUUCAUCACGGGGCUCGUCAACCCGUUGUACAGUCUCGGCGGUCUUGACGGGGUGACGCACAUCACGGAGGAGAUGCCUAACCCCUCGCGGAACGCCCCCCUCGCCAUCGCCAUCACGCUCUGCAUUGCCUUCGUCACGGGCAUCACGUACCUCAUCACCCUCAUGUUCUCCAUCCAGGACUUCGACGCCCUGUCCACGACCAACACCGGCCUGCCGCUCGCCGAGCUGUUCCGCCAGGUCACGCAGGGCGCCGGCGGGGCCUUCGGUCUGACCUUCAUCCUCUUCGUCGCCCUGGGCCCCUGCGUCGUGAGCUCGCAGCUGAGCACCGGAAGAGUCUUCUGGGCCUUUUCGAGAGACGGCGCUAUGCCCUUCUCCAGAGUAUGGUCGAGAGUCCACUCCAAGUGGCAGGUCCCCAUGAACUCCCAACUCGCCGUCACCGCCAUCGUGGCGGCGCUGGGCUGCCUCUACCUCGGCUCCUCAACGGCCUUCAACUCGCUCCUCGGCACCGCCGUCACCAUCAACAAUAUCUCAUACAUGUUCCCGAUCCUCACGAACCUCCUUACCCGGCGCAAGAACAUGCAUCAUGGCGUCUUUCACAUGGGCCCCACACUCGGUCCCAUCGUCAACAGCGUCACCGUGUGCUGGCUGACCUUCGCUAUCGUCUUCUUCUCCUUCCCCUACGUCAAGCCCGUCGAGCCCGCCAACAUGAACUACACGUGCGUCGUGGUUGGCGGCCUCACGGUCCUGGUUGGAGCCUGGUGGCUCAAGGCCGGAUCGAAGUAUAGCGAGAAGAUGCUCCAGGCGAAGGAAGAGUAAGAUGACUAGUGUGGUAGUACUUGGCAGAUUGAUAAGGGCAGGAUAGUUAUUUUGAGAAUUUUAGACUAGAGUAGCUUGUACGACGUAAAGACCGGUAACAGCCACAAGACUGAAGGGCAGAGAAGAGUCCUUCAAGUGAUAGUGUGAGCGUAGAGACGGGAUAGGGGUCGAUG